UAGUUGAAUCGGUAAACCGCCUUACUAAACUUUUCCAUUUUUCUAGAAUAUAAAAUGAUCUUAACUUUUCAAAAAUGUUGUUUUGACACAUACAGUUAUUGUUAUUGUUAUAAAAGGAAUUUAAAAAAUAAUAAUGGGGAAUUCGAAAGUUGAAGACAUGCCGCCACAAGAAGUUGGAGUUGAAAACCCUGCUGGACCCCCGCCUGCUUACGAUGGUCCACCACCAGCCUAUGACGGUACACGGGUGGAAGCAGUCCGAGUGAAAGAUGAUUCCACCACGAAAGACCAAGAUGGUUGUUGUCGCAAAUUUACAAACAGCAUAAAUCGUGUGUUAGAAAAUACUUUUGCAAGCAUUGGUUUUACCGUGGCCACACAUCCCUGGAAAACUAUAUUAAUCGCGUUGUUGAUAUCUGGAUUAUGUAUGACUGGUAUCUUGGAGUACAAAGUUGAAAACCGCGGCGAAAAACUUUGGGUGUCACAAUCGUCGGAUUCUUUAAAACAUAAGGACUGGGUCGGGGAAAAGUUUCCCGCGCAAUCUCGUCCGUGCACGGUCAUGUUGGAAAAGCAAGGAGGAAAUGUAUUAACACGUCAAAGUUUGAUUGAUUUAUAUGAGCUAAAUGAAAAAGUUAAAAAAAUCGAGGAAGGAAAAAAUGGUACACAAUGGGAUGAUAUUUGUUUCAGGACAUCCGGGUCAUGUAUAUCUAACUCCAUUUUGGAAUUAUGGUAUUACAACUUGACAAAGAUACGAAGUUUAACAGAACCGGAAAUUCUCGCUGCUGUGAAUCAAAACAAUUUAAGAAGUCCAAUGACAAACAAGUUGAUGAACAUCAGGUUAUUAGUCGGUGGGACCGUUAAAAUCGAAAAUAAUACUAUUGUAAGUGCUUCGGUUGCCCGUAUCAACAUCAGAAUUAAGAAGCAAGCAGUAUUUGUGAAAAGCAAAGGACAGUUGGUUGAUGAGAAAGGUGAGCAAUGGGAAAAAUCAUUUGAUGGUGUGAUGGCUGGACUAUCCACUCCUGGCUAUAUUUUGUACUAUUUUUCAGAAUGGGGGAGAAUCGAAGCUGCCAGCAACGCCAGCUCAGGAGAUUUGCAAUUCUUUGCAGUUGGUUACCUUCUGGUUAUUGCUUACCUUGCAGUUAUGCUGGGUAGCUUCUCAAGGCUAGGACACAAGAUUUACUUGUCAGCAGCAGGAAUUAUUGUAAUUGGACUCUCUGUUGGAAUAUCAUAUGGAUUGGGUUCGGCGUUUCAACUGGAAAAGACAGCAGUGCACGACGUUCUAGCUUUCUUGUUGCUCGGCAUUGGUGUCGAUGACGUUUUUGUCAUCAUACAAAAUUGGGAAAAUAUCGGUGGACCAAAACCUGACGGGCGAUCUAUACCGGAGAAAAUUUCUGCCACGUUAAGACACGCUGGCGUGUCCAUUCUUGUGACGUCAUUAACAGACGUGUGUGCGUUUUUAAUUGGUGCCAGUACAAUACUUCCAGCGCUUCGUUCUUUCAGCAUAUGGUGUGCUAUUGGUAUACUAGCUAUCUUUCUUCUCACCAUUACCUUUUUUACUGCUUGGCUUGCCAUUGACGCGAGCAGAGAAAAUAAAAGACGGGAUGCUUGUUUAUGUUGCAUAACUUUGAAUGACAGCUGGACACCGAUGACAUGCAGCGAGAAAAGUUAUUUGCAAUCUUUUAUUGGCAAACUCUAUAGCCCAACUUUGUUGACAGUACCAGGAAAGGUCAUCGCUUUAAUAGCUGUUGCUGGUUUACUUGCUGGGGGGUCUUAUGGACUUGCGAAUUUAGAGCAAGAUUUUAAUUCUGACUGGUUCUUACCAACCUCUUCAGCUCCACGAAAAUUUCAAAUAAAUGUGAAAAAGUUUUUUCCAAGUAACGGUAUCACAUCAGCGGUUUACACUGGCUCCAUAAAAUACAACACCGAACACAAAGCCAUGAACAAAAUUAAGGACGAACUUGAAUCAGAUUCAUACAUUGCUAAUGGUACUGUAAACAGCUGGUACCAUCAUUACAAAGAGUGGCUGGAUGUGUCGCCAUAUCGUAGUGAAUUGAUUCGAACAAAAGAAUGUAAUGAAUCAGUGAUAGCAUGUCAAUUUUCAAGUGACGAUCGUUUUUAUCAACUGCUUGAUGUCUUCCUGAACUCGUCUGCCGGAGCUUUCUUUAAAAAUAAUAUAAGAUUUAGCCCAGACAGGAAAUCAGUUGAGGCUGCAGCCAUCUUGUUCAGGCAUAUUGUUUUAUCUGGCGCUGCAAAAGAAAUCGAAGCAAUGGACUCAGUACAGGAGCAUAUUCAGCCAGGAUUAGUUGCAAGUGAACCAAACUCGCUCUUACCUUUUGUUUACACUUUCCAAUAUGUUGGAUGGGAAACUAACAAAGUUAUUACCAAAGAACUGUUUAGAAAUGUACUUCUGGCUACUCUUUGUGUAUUUCUCGUAACUUUGUUCUUAUUAUCAAAUUUAUGGGCUGCAUUGAUGGUUGUAAGCUGUGUGGCUUUGGCACUCAUUGACAUAGCUGGUUUCAUGCAUUUCUGGGGAAUAACGAUAGAUGUGGUAACGACAAUUAUAAUGGUGCUUGCAAUUGGACUGACUGUUGAUUAUUCCGCUCACAUUGCGCAUGGUUUCAUGGUUUCUCGUAAACCGACACGAAACGAGAGAAUGAUUGACGCACUUAGUGAUAUUGGUCCAGCUGUCAUACACGGGGGUAUGAGCACCAUGUUGGCUUUCAUUCUAUUAGCUGCAUCCGAGUCCUACGUAUUCUUCACCUUUUUCAAGGUAUUUUUCUUGGUUGUUGUCUUCGGGAUGUUUCACGGUUUGGUCUUUUUGCCUGUCAUUUUGAGCUUGCUUGGCCCUGCUCCAUAUGCUCCUCAUGAAGCAGAUAAAUCAACAAAAGACAACGUUGCUACUGUUGUCAACAAGGAUGAACCCAUCCGGCUGGAACGGAUGGAACAAAAUGGUCAAGUCUAUGUUACAGAGCCUGGAACUAACAGAGCAUUUACGCUAGAAUAACUGCAAUCCUUGAAACGAUGUAAAUAUGUAUAUAUCAUUCUUUAAAGAGUGCUCGAUAUUGUUUAUACACGUUACUUCGUAUGGUGCCUGUGUAGAUUUUUGUAUGUACCUAUGUUGUAUACGUCUGACUUCAUCAUCUUCCCGUGUAGCUAUUAGCAUUUACCACUUCAUUUAACUGCAUUUCCUACUGUACCGCAAAAAACGCGCGAGUUUUUUUUGUUAGCGCAUGCGCACUUUAAAAAAUAAAAGAUUUUGUCAAAGUGCGCACGCGCUAAAAACAACUCAAGAGCUCUCUGCGCUGUAGCUGUAAAGCCAAACAAUCAAGGAUUAAUUUAUCCAAAACUUUUUUUUUUAUAUCAAUAUUAUUAUUUUGUGCCGUAUAUGCCGUAUGAAAUAAGAAGAAACAGAAAAAACGAAUUUUUUUUUAACUCGUAGCUACUGCGCGAAGGUUUUUAAUAAAAAAUAACGCAUUCUAACCUAUAAUUUAUAGUUAUUAAAAUAGUUGUUUAUUGAAUUUUUUUAAUAUUUAUUUAUUUACACACACAAUGUUAAAAUUUAGAAAAUAGGUAAAUGCAAUUUUGUGAACUUUAAACAUUUACGAUGGAGGUCUAACCUCAUCAAAAAAGUCCAUCAAGCUCGCAAUUAAUUGUCAAAUAUUUCAAACAUGAAUAUCCCAAAGUCUACUGUAUUUGUUAACACUCAAACUCUAAGACCUGUUUUUUGUGGAACAUUUUUAACAGCUUUUAAAAUGCUUUCUCGACGUAAUUCAUAAAAACCGUGAAAAGGUUUGCCUUAAAAUUUAUUGAUGAUAUUGGACUGGAAAUGUAAAUAUUUUAUAUUUUAUUUAUAUAUCUUUUUUUGAUAAUAUUAUAACACGGUUACUGCUGA